CUCUUCAGCGCAUUCCGCCGGCUCUAAUUAUCCACGUCGCGUCGCGUGCUUGAGUUUACGCGCCCGCCGAUUCGCCGAUUGAAGAGGUGGAGAUGAACGCAGUUGUCGCAGCAGAGGAUUAGGAGCUCAACACUGCCAUGGCUGGCUCAGCGACACCCGGCGGCGGGCCUCCACCGCCGCCUGCAGGUCCGCCGACACAGAAAGUUGCCGACGUCAUAACGAGCUUUCGGCCGCAGAGGCGCUUCAAAUCGGGCGGCCAGGGCACUUCAGUAACAUCUCUCGACUUCGACGACUCGGGCGAACUAGCCAUUGUCGCGCGCGACGACGAUACCCUCCAAAUCUACAACUGCAAAGAAGGCAAGCACGCCAAGGAGCUCAAGAGUCAAAAGUAUGGCGUCCAUCUUGCGCGCUUCAGUCACCAUGCACAGAGUAUCAUCUGCGCAAGUACAAAGAUCGACGACACCAUCCGCUUUCUCUCCACCCACGACAACUCGUAUAUCCGCUACUUCAAGGGGCACACCGACACAGUGACUUCAAUCGCCCUGUGUCCGUCCAAAGACGACUUCAUAAGCUGCUCGAAAGACAACACGGUGCGGUUAUGGAACCUGCAAUCCCCCAACUACGUCGGCAUGCUCAACCUCCAUGGCGCUUACCUCGCAACCUACGACCCCUCCGCGACCGUCAUCGCUAUCGCGUCACCGCCUACACAGAACGUGCUCCUCUACGAUAUGCGCAACUACGAUAAGCCGCCGUUCGCUACAUUCGACUUGCUCGAGGCGGAGCAGCGCUUCAUGGGAGGACAAAAGGUCGAAUGGACCAAGAUUGAGUUUACAAACGACGGCAAGAGUCUCAUCGUCGCGACGAAUGGCAGCGGACAUUUCGUGCUAGACGCUUUCUCAGGCGACCUGACGCAUUUCUGCUACCGCAAGGCUGGCUCCUCGGGACGGCUUCCUCCCAGCGCAUCGGUUACCAACAAAACCGGUGCCAAAUCCGAUGGCAGUGGCCCGGCAAACGGACAGGGCGACGUGUGUCUCACGCCAGACGGCAAGUUCCUCAUUGGAGGUAGCGGCGAGGACGGUCUCUUGGUGUGGGAUAUCUCGAAACCACCGGCGCCGAACAAUAUGCUCGAGCCCAUGGAGAAAUUACCGGGACAGGGAAAGAGCGCUGUUGUGGGAUAUAACCCGAGGACCAAUUUGCUGGCGAGCGCAGAUAAGGAUCUGUAUCUUUGGCAGCCGGAUCCUGAUCUCAUGAUCUGAGACAUUCGUAUCAAGCAGUUGCACCGGAGGCAGAUUUAGCAUCACCGGAGAAGGAAACGCGAGGCAGACACGUUGCGAGAUAACGAAGCAGUAUCGAGAGCUGCCCAUGCGGCUACACGUCGACCGGUACGCUUGUCACCUCAAGAAAGCAGCGUGAUCGAUCUUCGCACUGAAGGAUGUCUACUCUUCGGGUUGACCAAAGUAUAGGGAAGAGACAAGGUACUCGUGGAAGGGACCACGUGAACACCAACAGAGUGAACUUGGUUUGAGAUUAGACUACGUAGCGGAAGUAGUUGAGUAAUCUACAUCUUACCACCAUCGAUUCAACUAGC